AUGAUUGGAUCAUUUCUGACAAGAGGGCUUAUAAUGGCGUUUGGAUAUGCAUAUCCUGCUUAUGAAUGCUUCAAAACGGUCGAACAGAACAAGCCUGAGAUUCAACAGCUCCAGUUCUGGUGCCAAUAUUGGAUUCUUGUUGCUGCUUUGACAAUCUUCGAAAGGGUUGGUGAUGCUCUUGUUCCGUGGUUACCGAUGUAUAGCGAGGCGAAGUUGGCAUUCUUCAUUUAUCUCUGGUUACCGAAAACCAAAGGAACGACAUACGUUUACGACGCUUUCUUCAAACCGUAUGUCUCAAAGCACGAAAACGAAAUCGACCGCAACUUAAUUGAGCUAAAGACCAGAGCCGGAGAUAUGGCAAUGACGUAUCUCCAAAAAGUAAUCUACUAUGGACAGACAAGAUUCUAUGAGAUCUUACAGUAUGUUUCAGAACAAUCAUCACCAAAACUUCUGUCUAAGGAAAAUAAACUGACAACAACAACUGAACUUGAUGAUCCAAAUCUUACGGUGAAACAAAACAAAACUUCUAAUGAGAUAGAGUCAUCUACGAAGUAA